AUGUGGGACAGUAACAUUUUAAACGAUAUAUCAAUAGAAAUAGAUUCUGAUGAAACGAUUGAAAAUUUCUCUGAAUCCAAUAAAUCGAUUCCGGCCCACUUCAAGACACAUUCUGAAGCCAUUUAUACUAGCAAAAAGUUUGAUUAUCUAUCAUGUAAAAAUGCCAUUAAUUCUGACCAGUCCUAUCUAGAUAAUCAAGUAAUGCAAGAAAAUGAUGAAAGCUUAUUAAUUAUUAAUCCACUCAUAUCACAAAAUGUUGUAAAUGAAGGUAAAAAAGAGGA